GGGGCUGGCUGGGAAACUCGAGUCCUACUGGAUCAUGAUUUAGAGGAGGACUCGAGAUUCCCUGGUCGUGUGUUUUAACAGGCAGUAGCCGGUGACUUGCAACGGACAUGAAAUCAACGGCCGCAAUUGGUCCACUAACCUCGGAGACAUAGGUCAUUAAAAUACAUGGGAACCUCUUUGGUCUCCCUCGUCCUCCACUUGCUCUCUCUCUCUCUCUCUCAGCUGGGGUUCUUCUGAGAUUAACUCUUAUUCAUAUGUAGUUUGUGAAAUUUGAAAUUUUGAGGCUUGCUGGUUUACUUUGGAGGGGUUCAUCAUUCAUGCGUAUUUUAAUGGAUUUCUUGAAUUGAAGGAAGCCUUUUUCUCUUUUCGGUAAAAAAGCAGGAAAAAGUCAUUUGCAAAAGAAACUUGGGUAUACUUCUGAAAAUUUUGUCUUUGAGGUUCGGAUUUGGAUUGGGACUUGCAUGAUUGGUGAAAAUGGAUCCGCGUCUUAGGGGGUUUUUGGGUUCCGCAAAUGGAGUACAAUUGGGUAAUCAAUCUUUUUCGGUUCUUGCGAAUCAAAAUCUUGUUGCCGGACCCAGAUUCGAGAAUGCCUUUCUAGACCAUAAUUUUAGGGAAUCUCAUUACCUUCAACCGGAUGAGAUAGCAUUGAGCUCGAGUGAGGCCCAAGGGGAUGAUUCCCCGGAGGACUGUGACUUCUCUGAUACUGUUUUGGGGUAUAUAACUCAGAUUCUUAUGGAAGAAGACAUGGAAGAUAAGACUUGCAUGCUUCAAGAUUCUUUGGAACUUCAAGCUGCUGAGAAAUCCCUCUAUGAUUUGCUUGGGAAAAAGUAUCCCCCUUCCCCUGUACAUAGCACGAAUUAUAUUGAUGGAAAUGGUGAGAGCCCAGAUGAUAAUCACUAUGUAAGUAAUUAUGCCAGUAGUAGUAAUAGCAGUAGCUGUUUUGGUGAUAGUAACUUGAUUCGAAAUCAGAGAGAUUAUAGUUAUACCCUCCAUUCCCAAUUACAAAGUCUUCCUCUCUAUACAAUUUCUCAGUCACCUUAUAGCUCUUCAAAUAGUGUGAUCAGCAGUUUGGAUGGUUUAGUGGACUCUUCUAGUAGUAGUCUUCAGGUCCCAGAUACAAAUAGCGAGAAUCAAUCUGUUUGGCAAUUCAGGAAGGGGGUUGAGGAGGCUACUAUGUUUCUUCCUCGUGGAAGUGAGUUGUUUUUUAAUUUGGAAGCGAAUGGGUUGUUAUUUCGGGAACCAAAGGCAAGAACUAGCGAGGUGCCGGUCAAGGUGGAAAAAAAGGAAGAGGGGGAGUACUCAUCUACUGGGUCUAGGGGAAAGAGGCAGUCUUAUGAGGAGGAUGGAGAUACAGAAGAUGAGAGGAGGAGCAAGCAAGCUGCUGUAUAUAUUGAAUCCACUCUGCGGUCCAAGAUGUUUGAUACAGUGUUGCUUCUUACUAAGGGCCAAGGUUGGAACCAUAUCUCAGAACUUCGUGAGGCCUUGCCGAAUGAAAUAAGCAAAACUGUACUGAAGAAUGGGAUAGGCAAAAAUGUGUCACAGAAUGGGAAAUCAAAAGGAUCUAACGGUGGAAGAGGACGUGGUAAGAAACAAAGUGGAAUUAAGGAGGUGGUGGAUUUAAGAACUCUCCUAAUUCAUUGUGCCCAAGCUGUUGCAGCUGAUGAUCAGAGGAGUGCAAAUGAAUUGCUAAAGCAGAUCAGGCAGCACUCUUCUCUUUUUGGUGAUGGAAAUCAGAGACUGGCAUAUUGUUUUGCUGAUGGGCUUGAGGCACGCAUGGCUGGUACUGGUAGCCAGAUAUAUAAAGGCCUUGUUAGUAAAAGAACAUCUGCUGCCGACAUUUUGAAAGCCUACCAUCUAUACCUUGCUGCAUGCCCGUUUAGGAAGUUGUCUAAUUUUGCUUCAAAUAGCAUGAUAAUGAGGGAAGCAGCAAAGGCCACAAGGCUCCAUAUCAUAGACUUUGGUAUCCUUUAUGGUUUCCAAUGGCCCACCCUUAUUCAGAGGCUCUCAUGGAGAGAUGGUGGUCCUCCAAAGCUUCGGAUUACUGGAAUAGAAUUUCCCCAACCGGGGUUUCGGCCAGCAGAGCGAGUUGAGGAAACAGGACGUCGCUUAGCAAAUUAUGCUGAGAGUUUCGGUGUGCCAUUUGAGUACAACCCCAUAGCAAAAAAAUGGGAAACCAUUCAACUUGAGGAACUUAAAAUUGACAAGGACGAGUUCCUUGUUGUUAACUGUUUGUAUCGAGGUAAGAGCUUGCAUGAUGAAUCUGUGUCAGUUAAGAGUUCAAGAGAUAUCGUCCUCAAUUUGAUAAGGAAGAUCAAUCCUGACAUUUUCAUCCAUGGGAUUGUUAACGGCGCCUUCAAUGCCCCCUUCUUUGUUACCCGGUUCCGUGAGGCAUUGUUUCACUAUUCUGCACUGUUUGAUAUGCUCGAAACUCUUGUACCUCGUGAAGAUCGGGAGAGGAUGCUGAUUGAGAAAGAGAUGUUUGGCAGGGAGGCUUUGAAUGUUAUAGCUUGUGAAGGCUGGGAGAGAAUGGAGAGGCCGGAGACAUACAAACAGUGGCAAGUCCGAAACCUAAGAGCUGGGUUUGCCCAGCUGCCUAUGGACCGGGACAUUGUGAAGAAAGCAAUGAGUAAGGUGAGGUCGAGCUACCACAAGGAUUUUGUAAUUGAUGAAGAUGGCCGGUGGCUGUUGCAAGGAUGGAAGGGGCGGAUCAUCUAUGCCCUUUCUUGUUGGAAACCUGCUUAGCCAACUUGUCAGGGGUCCUCUCAUCUCCUUAGCAAUGACUGAGGACCCAAGCUAAUGCUUCCCCUUGUUUCUACUUUUGUUUAAUCAAUCUCUUAUGCAGUUGCUCUCAUCUGUGGUUAAUCUGCUUCUUACUUUAUAAUUGGCUCAGUUGAUAAUCUGGCAGUUAAAUGUGGUCAUUCUGAGAGAAGGCUGUCGGGUAAAGCGGGGAUAUGCAAUUCACUAGUAGAAGACUGGCAUAUUUAAAUUGUAACACUUUCUCCCCAGAAAUACUAGCUGGCUCCAUUUGUUAAUGCUUUCUGGAGGGUUCUUUUUGUUUUUUAGUUUGAAAAAAGUGUUCUGAUGUUUAGGUUGUUUAGUCUCUUCCAUAGGGUCUUCAGUGUUUUCACAUGCAUACAGUCAAUUUCAUGUUAAUAUGUAAAGGAGGAAACAAGUGCAACAGAGAUUUAACUGAAAUACUAGCUUCUUUUCCCCUCUUUCAUUA